CGCCGCUUGCUGCAGCCACCAUGGUCAACCCCACCGUGUUCUUCGACAUCAAGGCCGAUGGCGAGCCCUUGGGCUGCGUCUCCUUCGAGUUAUUUGCAGACAAAGUUCCAAAGACAGCAGAAAACUUCUGCACUCUGAGCACUGGAGAGAAAGGAUUUGGAUAUAAGGGUUCCUCCUUUCACAGGGUUAUUCCAGGAUUUAUGUGCCAGGGUGGUGACUUCACACGCCAUAAUGGCACUGGCGGCAGAUCCAUCUACGGAGAGAAAUUUGAGGAUGAGAACUUCGUCCUGAAGCAUACAGGUCCUGGCAUCUUGUCCAUGGCAAAUGCUCGACCAAACACAAAUGCUUCCCAGUUUUUCAUCUGCACCGCCACGACUGCGUGGCUGGAUGGCAAACACGUGAUCUUAGGGAAGGUGAAAGAAGGCGUGGACAUUGUGGAAGCCAUGGAGCAUUGUGGGUCCAGGAAUGGCAAGACCAGCAAGAAGAUCACCAUUUCCGACUAUGGACAACUCUAA